CUCGGGCCGAUGGCUUCCAUAUCAUUAAGAGAGAGAGAGAAAGACAGAGUUCCAGAAAAAGCAGCAUCUGGAAGGAUGAGACCGCAUAUGGAAUCCGAAUCCCUCUUUUCUUCAUAGCUUUAUAUCCACAAUUUAUAUCCACACCGAAAGGACCGCAACUUCUAGAUUCGUAGAUAUUAAUUUGAGUUGGGAACUUGGGUGUAUAAAGAUAGCAGGCCUCAGAGUGGGAGAUCCAUAGAGAGUAACGAUCGGCGACGGAGAUGGCAUCAAGAGCGUCAUCACCUGACGUCCUGAGCCACGUGCAGGAGCUUCUGGAGGCGUUCACGGCCUUCGACUCGGACGACGACGGCCUGGUGUCGGCAGCGGAGCUGGCAGGCAUACUGUCGUCGAUGGGGUACAACGCGACGGAGGAAGAGGUGACGGGGAUGAUGAGGGAGGCGGACGUGGACGGAGACGGGCAGCUGAGCCUGGAAGAGUUCCUGGAGAUGAGCCUCAAGAACGUCGACCUGGGGAGCCUGGCCGGGUUGCUGAGGUCGGCGCUGGAGAUGCUGGACGCCGCUGCUGAUGAUGGUGGUGACGAGAUCGACGGGGUGAUGCUGUACGAGCUGGUGAAUGGGCUGGGCAGCGGCGUGACCAAAGAGCAGUGCGAGGCCCUGAUCGCGGCGCUCGAUGUGGAUGGGGAUGGGAUGGUUGGUCUGGAUGACUUCAAGACCAUAGCCAACGCGCUUCUUUAGUCAGAUGUUAUUACGCCAUGUAACCGUAGGAGUAUAUGAUAAAGAAUCAUAUAGAUACUCUCUUACUCGCUCGUUUCUUGUGUUAAGAGUGUAGCUGCUUGCAAAACAUAAAUGAAACUUUUAUGUGUUUA